CGCUUUUAAAACCCUAUUUGUACAACGACACCCAAUAUCUUUGAAGCGAAAUUAAAAACGAAUAAGAUUUUUUGUACUGGGUAAAUGGUCAGUUAGAUUAACACAUUCGCUGCGUCAGUUAGGUACAGUACAAUAUAAUUAUGUAUAUGAACUCCUUAGAAUUAAAAAAGGAAUUUAAAUUAGUGCCUUUAUAUGGUAAAAUUUUGAAAUAAAAUGAUGAUAAUAUAGAUCAGUGAUCUUCUAUUGACAUGAGUUCACGUACCGUGGAGACGAAAAGUUUUGUUUGUUGACAUUAUUUCUUUAUUAUACCGCAUAAAAGUCUCAAUAAAGAAAUCAAGUUUUCUAUGGAAUGCUUUCUAAAAAACGAAGUAAAGUUUAACUUGUCAAUUGACCGUAUAAUAAGUUCCAAUAGAACUUGGCUUACCACUUGGGUCGCAAUAGUUUGGAAAAUCCUGCUCCAGACAAUGCGAGCCAUGCUACCGUGGCUUGGGUGGCUGAGUGGUUUAAGCAUCUGCCGCAAAUGCAGAGGACGCUGGAUACUGGAUAUCUUAGUCACUUUUUCAGCUAUUACAGUUUUAAAUAUCUUUAAAAUCAAAAUCCAAUAACAACUUUUGCAUAUUUUCAGAGACGGCUGUUGGCAUAUCACUGGACGACAGAUCGGUCAUUGACGCAAAGUACAAGAAGGCCGUAGAAACAGCGUUCGACGUGCUAGCGCAGAGGCUGGCCAGCUUCUGGCUUCAUCCUGACUUCAUCUACCGCUUCACAGCUAUGAAGCAGAAGGAAGAUGAUGCUAUGGCCACGCUUCACAACAUGUCCAGAAAUGUUCUACACAAAAGAAGAAAGGAACGACAAGAGGCAAGGCUAGCGAACACAUCAUCUCGCCGCUUCAUAGCCUUCCUGGACCUCCUCUUAGACCUGGCAGAAGAAGGUUCCUUCACCGACGAUCAGAUCCAGCAGGAACUGGAUACCCUCAUCGCAGCAGGACAUGAUACAUCAAGCCGCGCUCUUAUCUCCACUCUAGUGCUCGUUGGGACAUAUUUGGAUGUCCAAGAGAAGAUUUAUGAAGAAGUUAUGGCAGUCCUUGGCUCCAGUGCGGACUUGUGCAAAGAAGACAUGGCGAAGCUGGUGUACACGGAGGCGGUCAUUAAAGAAGUGCUGCGCAUCAGCCCUGUGACUCCCAUCAUCGCGAGGGAUAUUGACAAGGAACUCAAACUUAAGAACUACACCCUCCCAGCGGGCAGCGGAUGUAUCGUCUCCUUCUGGGGCAUCCACCGCCUUCCAAUAUGGGGCCCGGACCGCAUGGAGUUCAAGCCAGGGCGCUGGCUGGACCCCUCCAAGCUGCCUCAGAACCCUGGCUGCUAUGGUGCUUUUAGCCUUGGGAGACGGAAUUGCAUAGGAAAGAACUACGCACUGAUGUCGGUGAAGACCAACUUAGUGCACUUGGUCCGAAAGUUCCGCAUUUCGGCCGACUACAGCAAAGUGAAGCGAAAGUACGACUUGUUGCUCAAGUACGUGGAGGGACAUCACAUCUCUUUAGAACUUAGGAAUUAAUCUUUCACGCAAUAAAAAGUAGGUUGCAA